GGUUAAAGUUCACGACAUAUUUGCCGUCGGGAUGGAAACGUUUACAUUUUUGACAGGAGCAUUUUCGGUGGAAAUGGUGCUCGUUCUGCCGAAUUACUGGUGAUCUGUGGCGAUUUCUGGGUUGAGUCGUAACCACACAAGUUUCUUCAAUUAGAGAGAACCCCCACCUGAAGUAUGGACAUAGAGGUGAUUGGACGUAUCCGCCCGUCGGCACGUGGGGAGGGCCAUCACUCUCUCAACAUCUCAGGAAACCAUCGCAUCACCAGUAAUGACGGCCAGUCCUUCAGCUUCCAGCCACUCUUCAGACAGGAUGCCACAAACUACGAUGUCUAUGCCAAGGUGUUGGAACCACUGCUGGACCUGUUCUUAGCAGGUUUCAAUGUGUCCUUGUUGCUGUUUGGAGAGACGGAGUCUGGUAAGUCCUACACCAUGGCAGGAGACAGCCUGAACAAGGCUGGGAUUGUCCCCCUGGCCAUCGACGGCUGUUUCAACAGACUGCUGGACCUGCAGGACAAACCCAGGGAGGAGGGAGGGCUGCGUGACGGCCACCGCAGAGGCAAGGACGACGUGGAACUCAAGAUGUCCAUGUACGAGAUCUACAACGAGAUUAUCAAAGACCUGCUGAACGAGAAUCAGCAACGUGGAAGCCUCCCUAUAAAGGAAACAGCACAGCUUGGCCCACAUCUGCCCGGCUUGAACCAGAUCCAGAUUUUCAAUGCAGCAGAGGCCACCAACUACUUCAGACAGGGCUGGGGGAGGAGGACGGAUGUGGUGACCGAUUUCGGACCGGCUCUGGGGUACAGUGCAGCUGUGUUCCAGCUGGAGCUGUCCAUGGUAACAGGUGGAAGUCCCCUUCCAAAUCGCUCCAUCUUGCAGGUGGUACGACUUCCGGGAGCGGAGAAACUUGCAGAGGAUCCGACCAAGCUGCGCAUGAGGGAGGGGCCGAGCCUCAACAAGUCCCUCACAGCCUUCAGUCAGCUAGUUACAGAGCUGGCCAACACCCGGCAUGCAGACAGGGUCAUCAACUACACCGAUUCAAAGCUCACACACCUGAUGAUGGACGCACUCGGGGCCAAUGCGAAGACACGUGUGCUGUGUCAUCUGCCUCCACACUGUGACCAGUACCGCCUCUCUGUCAUGCUGCGGUCGUGUGCACAACUGUCGCAAGUCAAGAACUUCCCCAUCCUGAAUGACCACCUUGCGCAGGGGCUGGUGUGUCAGAUGCGUGCACGUAUCCUGAGCCUACAGGAGCAGCUGGGUUAUGAGGAGGGCCACGGGAGGGCGCUACAGCUGCAUGAGAUGAGGGACGAGCUGAAGAAACUUACCACAGACAACCUGCAGCUGAGAGACAAGAACGAGAGGCUGUACCAGAAGGUGGAGCAGCUGCAGUCCAAGUUGAAUCAGAUGGCUGGAUCACGUACAGACCUGUCCUCCAAACUCAUCUUCAGUGAGGAGGAGAAACUACAAGUGUCCAAGGCACUGGUUGACCUGCAGAUUGAGAAUAACCGUAUCCAGGAGGACUAUGAAGCUGCAAACUUUGAACUAAAGAACAAGGUCCUCACACUGGAGAAUGAGCUUAUGGAGGUGACCCUCCAGAAGGACAAGGUGGCGCGUGACCUGAGGAAUACUCAUGACCGCCUGCGUACAUCAGAGAAGGACCAUAAGGAGUUGGCUGAUGAGUACAUCAUCCUCAAGACUAACUACUUGGCCUUAACCAAAGAACAUGACAGGGAGAAGGCGAGGAAUGAGGAGUUGGGGAUGGAGCUGUUGAACCUGGUGAAUGCCACGUCCCACGGCCGGCCUGUACAGGGGGAGCUGACAGCAGAGAUAGACAGGCUGCGGCAUGUCGUGUCACGGCUGUCCACUCACAAGCCACAAGACAGCUACCUGGGUGUUGAGGAGGACAGGCAGCAGAUGGAGAAGAACCUGUUUGGAGAGCGGGAGCGGAUGGAGGAGGAUCGCAGGAGGAUGAAGGCUCAGUAUGAGGAGGACCAGGAGAAGCUGGAGGGCAAGCUCAAGAAACUCAGGAGAGAGUUACAAGAAGCGCAGGCUCAAGCGCGGGAGGCCCAGCGGAAGGCGGGAGAGACCGCGGCUAAACUGAUCAUGGCGGAAGGGAAGCAGCGACAGCUGGAGAUAGAACACAGCAAGGCACAGCAGCAGUUCAAGGACCUGAACUCUGAGUACAGGACAAGACUUAUCAGGUAUGUGCAGGACAUAGGGGAGUACAUUGACACCUCUGCUGGGACGGCCCCACCCAACCAACAACAGCUGAAGGACAUGAGACGGUACAUCGAUGCCAUGAUAGCUGACACUAAACAGGCUUACAAGGCCCGUGAGGAGCAACUCAGCCAGGCAGCCAAGAUGUACAAGAAGCAGGCUAAACAGAUGGCCAACAAGCAUGAGCAGCUGCUGGUUGCCUACAGCCAGCUGCGCGAACAGGUGCUGGCAGGUGGCAGGAGCCUGGAGAUUGACCUGGGGCUGUCAGAUGUAGACCUCCAGCUGUCAGACGGUGAAAGAGAGCUGCAUGCAGCACAGACCGUGGAGUUGAACCGCCUGCGCCGGGCACUGCAGGACGCUCGAGCUGAGGCAGAGAGGGCAGCAGCCAGACCUAGAAAUGUCACCAUACAGGAACCUCAAGGGAAAGGCCCCACAGACUGGUCCUCGGUGAGGAAACAGCUGCGAGAGUUUGCCCUGAACACCCAGCAGGAACUGGAGACUGACAAUGCCAGGAUGAAAACUAAGGUAUCUGUGCUGGAGUCUCAGUUAUCAGAAGCACAGGACUACAUUGACAAACAUCUGGUCAGGUACAAGCAGGAGAUAGUGCGUCUGCGUAAACUGCUGGGACAGGAGCCUGGCACCAGACAGGGCAGUGCAGGACCGUACCUGGACUCCGCAGACCCUGAGUACUACCCUAGACGGAGAGGUCACAAUAGAGCAAACACAUCCUCCUAGUGCCUGCCUGGGUCAGUUGCUCAGAAUGGAAGAGUUUGUUUUGUUUCGAUUCAUUUUUCUGGAGUGACACCCAACAGGGUAUUCCCUUCCAUGUAACACAGUUUAGCUUUACAUGUGAAGCAGGUCCAAAUCAAGCUUAUUAGUUUAGGGUUGCAGUGAGGGGGACAAAUAUAGUUUAGAUAUUAAAGGUUUUAAAAACUUUGUGUCUUAAGUGUUUGUCUGUUGGUCCAAUUAUAAUUAGAAACAUGUAAUUGUUAUGUCUACCAGAGAGGACUACCAAGUCAUUAUUACUAGAAGUACUAGUAACUGGAUGGGCUUGCAUCGAUCUGCUGUGCUGUAUACGUAAUUGUUUGUUUCAUGUAGUAAGUCUCUGUUGAAGUAGGAAAAUGUGUGCAUGAAGCUGUCUGCAAUAUGUAUUUUAGAAAUUCGUUUAUACCUGAACAAAGCCUCAUCUGGCUGCCAUGUGCAAUGAAUAUAAUUAUAAUCUGCACCAAAUGCUUUUAUUUCUAGAUUUUUUUAAACACAGAUUUUAUAUCAAAACUUGAUGUAGCUUGAUGUUGGAGGUAUAGUGUGCACUGCCUUUUAAAAAAAUACACUAAUAAUUGAAAUCUAUGAAACUCUAGAAAAAAUCUCGAAAACUGCACUUCUGUAUUGCAAAUAAAAAUUCAAAAAGUUAAAGGCAAAUUAGUAAGUUCUAGGUACACAUAGUAGUACAGAUAAGGAGUACUUUCUCCAGUCCUUUUCUCCAGUUUGAGAAUUCUACCAAGGUUU